AACAUAGUAUUAGUACUGUGUACUGCUUGCUCUUCACUGUCCUCUAUUCACAGACGCCUUGCCUCUGGAGUCAUUUACUUGUUUUGUUCCUUGGUAGUCAUGUUCUGUGAUGUAAACAUGGCCAAGCCUUCAAUUUCACCUACAGCCCAUGUUCUAUAAUGCUGAUUCUUUUGUUUGUUUCUUCUUGUUUUGGCUCUCACCUCCCUCCCUUUGUUUUGGGUCUGUGUUUCCUUUUUUUUUUUUUCAUCAAAGUUAUCUCCUUUUUCUCCUAAAUUUCUGGUCUUGGUUAGCUCUUCAGUACUUGGUGCCUUGAGAACCUCAAAUUUGGGUUUUCUUCCAAAUUGUUGGUGGUUUGAGGUUUUAAUCGGUGUGUUUUUCUUGGUGAUUGGUGAUACUGAUAUCAUUAGGAAAAAGGGUCCUUUAUAAUCUGGGAUUUUUGGACCUUUUUUUCGAAGAGGAAAUAUUGAAGCGAAAAGUGGGUUGUAAUCAGAAAGGAGUAUUUGGUGGUUCAAUGGCUGGGGUUGAUUGUUGCUUUGGUGUUUAAAUAAGGAAAUUGAUUUCUUGAAUUCAAGAAGGGUUUAGUAGAACCCAUUCAUGGCAUUCUUCUGCUUGUCAUUUUUGCUAGUUGGGUUUUUGUCCAACUCUCUGCUUGUGGAUGCUCAGCUCAAUGAUCAAGCUACAUUGUUAGCCAUUAACAAGGAGCUUGGUAAUGCCCUUGAUUGGGGAGACAACAGCACAGACUACUGCAAAUGGGAAGGCAUUAGCUGUGGCUUAAACCAUUCCUUUGUUGAAAGUCUUCAACUUUCCCGGCGUAUGCUUCGAGGUAAUGUCACUCUUAUCUCCAAGCUUAAUGCACUGAAGCACCUUGACCUUUCCUUUAAUAACUUCAAUGGACCAAUUCCUUCAGCUUUUGGUAAUCUGUCUGAGCUUGAGUUCCUUGAUUUGUCAUGGAAUAAGUUUGGAGAUUCUAUUCCAUUAGAGCUGGGUGGUCUUAGAAACCUUAGAUCAUUGAACUUGUCAAACAACAUGCUUGUUGGAGAGAUGCCUGAUGAGCUUAAGGGGCUAGAGAAGUUGCAGGAUUUUCAAAUUUCUAGCAAUAAGUUAACUGGUUCUAUACCAGAUUGGGUGGGGAAUUUGACCAAUUUGAGAGUUUUCACUGCAUAUGAGAAUCAACUAGGUGGUAAGAUCCCUGGUAGUCUGGGUUCAGUUUCUGAACUGAAAUUGCUGAACCUUCAUUCUAACAUGCUUGAGGGGACCAUACCAGAUAGCAUUUUUGCCAUGGGAAAGCUGGAAACUUUGGUUCUGACUCAGAACGAAUUUACUGGUGAUAUUCCAGAUGCAAUCGGAUCCUGCAAGGGUCUUUCUAGCAUCCGAAUUGGGAAUAACAAACUUGUUGGAGCUAUUCCCAAGGCAAUUGGAAAUGUCAGUGGCCUCACCUACUUUGAAGCCGAUAAUAACAAUCUCUCUGGUGAGAUUGUUCCUGAGUUUUCUCAGUGUUCUAAUCUUACCCUUCUAAAUUUAGCCUCUAAUGGGUUUACUGGCACAGUUCCUUCAGAGCUUGGACAGCUUAUGUAUCUACAAGAAUUGAUUCUAUCUGGGAACAGUCUGUUCGGAGACAUUCAAAAGUCAAUUCUUGCAUGCAGGAAUCUUAACAAGCUUGAUUUAAGCAAUAACAGAUUCAAUGGCACCAUACCAAAUGAAAUCUGCAACAUGUCAAGGAUGCAAUAUUUGCUUUUGGGUCAGAAUUCAAUAAAAGGGGAAAUACCUCAUGAGAUUGGAAAUUGUGUGAAACUGCUACAACUGCAAUUAGGCAGCAACCACUUGACUGGAAGUAUCCCUCCCGAGAUUGGUCGUAUCCACAACUUACAGAUAGCCUUGAAUUUGAGCUCCAAUCAUCUCCGUGGUCAACUGCCUCCAGAGCUGGGGAGACUCGACAAGCUGGUUUCGCUGGAUGUAUCCAAUAACCAGCUAACUGGUAAUAUUCCACCUGCACUAAAGGGCAUGUUAAGCUUGAUAGAUGUUAAUUUCUCCAAUAAUCUGCUCAGUGGCCCAAUACCUACAUUUGCUCCAUUCCAGAAGAGUUCAAAUUCUAGCUUUCUAGGGAAUAAAGGGCUCUGUGGACAGCCACUGGGCUCUCUAUGUUCUAGUUCUAUUGGUUCUGACCAGGCGAACUACCACCAUAGGGUUUCCUACAGGAUAAUAUUAGCUGUUAUUGGUUCCGGCCUGGCAGUUUUUGUGUCAGUUACCACAGUUGUUCUGCUGUUUAUGAUGAGGGAGAGACAGGAAAAAGCAGUAAAAAGUACAGGCGUUCUAGAAGAUGAAACGAAGAACCAGCCGACAAUUAUAGCAGGGACUGUCUUUGUUGAGAAUCUCCAACAGGCUAUAGAUCUUGAUGCCGUAGUUAAAUCCACUUUGAAGGAUUCAAACAAGAUCAACGGUGGGACUUUCAGCACAGUUUACAAGGCUGUCAUGCCUUCCGGGUUGAUUCUAUCAGUGAAGAGACUGAAAUCCAUGGAUAAAACUCUAAUUCAUCACCAGAACAAGAUGAUUAGAGAGCUUGAAAGACUGAGCAAGCUUUGUCAUGAAAAUCUUGUUCAACCAAUUGGGUAUGUUAUAUAUGAAGAUGUUGCUCUUUUGCUACAUCAGCAUUUCCCCAAUGGCACCCUAGCUCAACUUCUUCAUGAGUCCACGAAGCAACCUGAUUACCAACCUGACUGGCCGAGAAGACUAUCAAUUGCCAUUGGAGUAGCAGAAGGGCUGGCCUUCCUUCAUCAUGUGGCCAUUAUUCACCUCGAUAUCUCCUCUAGCAAUGUACUUUUAAAUGCUGACUUCAGGCCUUUGGUUGGAGAAAUAGAAAUAUCAAAGCUCUUGGAUCCAUCCAAAGGUACUGCAAGUAUUAGUGCUGUUGCUGGCUCCUUUGGCUACAUUCCCCCAGAAUAUGCCUACACUAUGCAAGUAACUGCACCAGGAAAUGUAUAUAGCUAUGGAGUGGUUUUGCUUGAGAUCCUUACAACUCGACUACCAGUUGAUGAGGACUUUGGAGAGGGAGUGGAUUUGGUGAAGUGGGUUCAUGGUGCUCCAGCAAGGGCAGAAACCCCUGAGCAGAUACUUGAUGCAAGGCUAAGCACGGUCUCCUUUGGUUGGAGGAGAGAAAUGCUUUCAGCUCUGAAGAUAGCAUUACUCUGCACUGACAGCACACCUGCCAAAAGACCCAAAAUGAAGAAGGUAGUAGAAAUGCUUCAAGAAAUUAAGCAAAAUUGAGGGAUCUCUGCGUCCCAAACACUAAGGCAAGGGUCUAGUGAAUGGAAAACUUGUGUGGAGACUUGGAAUUACAUAUUAUUCUACUCAUUUCAGAAAGAGUCUUCAAUGCAGGAUAAGGUGAAGAAGAGUAGUCAGUAGUCUUCUUGGAUCAAGCUUGUUUUGCAUUGGAAGGGUUUAUAUGAGUUAAGAGAGCUCUCUAUUCAUGUUAAAAGCAAACUUCACAGUUGAUCUUGCAUUGUGGAUUUCAAACAGUAAGGAUAUAUCCUGUGUUCUGUUGAAUUGCAUAUUAUGUCUGCAACUGUAAUAUUCAAAGUUUUCGUUUCCAUUCUAAAAUUUGUCACAUAAGCUUGUUAGACACAAUUGUCUUUCUCUAAUGUUUACCACUUCUAUACUACUGAAUUAAAUCCAAUUUCCCAUU